UCCACAAUGGCGCGGCGUGUACGAAUCAGCAUGAUACCAAUAGAGCACCACCUCUUAUCGUCGCAGCGAACAUCGCCGGUGAGGAGCAAAUGUCCCCACUAGGUAACGUUUAGUGCUGGGCGUCAUCCGCGGAAGACAAAACAUCUUUUAAGAACACUUUGUUUCCAAUCUUCGUGUACGGAGGAGUGACAUUAACGCCAAUCCCACACCGUUAACAUGUCUACCGAAGUUGUCGCCGAUACACCGUCAUCACGCCUUGUUAAGGGUUUCGCCGCACACCCACUGGCGCCCCUUUCGGAAAAAGAACUCACAUCCGCAGCAGCGAUAAUCCGGGCUUCAUGGCCGGCGCAUACGGAUGUCCAUUUCAAAGUUGUGACGCUGCAGGAACCUCCCAAAGCGGAGGUUGUCCCGUAUUUGGAAGCUGAGCACAGUGGAACUCAGUUGCCUCCCGUCAGCAGGAGAGCUUUCAUAAAUUACUACAUCCGCAAUACAAACAAAUUUCACGAAGCGAUCGUAGACCUCCAGUCAGGUCGCGUGCUCCACAACGUCCAGCUGGGCCCAUUCGUCCAUGCAAAUGGAGACGGCGAAGAGAUUGUGCGUAUCGAGAAGAUUGCGCUCGAGGACCAGGGAGUCAAAGAUGCGAUUGCAAAAUUAGAGCUUCCGGAGGGCACAGUGGUUAUCUCAGAUCCCUGGAUCUAUGGCUCCGACGGAGUCAAUGAUGAGGAGCGACUAUACCAAUGUUUCUUGUACAUGCGAGACCCGCUCAACCCCUCAGAAGCCGACUCCAACCACUAUGCACUACCACUACCGAUCAGCCCGGUUGUCACCACGGAUGCCAUGAAGGUUAUUCGCAUUGACACUUUGCCCACUGGUCCCGAUAACACGAUCAAACCAUUAGGAAAAUGGCCCGUCCACCCACCGAACGAAUACAUUCCAGAGCAUCAGACCUUGAGGACAGAUCUGAAGCCAUUGAAUGUAGUCCAACCGGAAGGUGCCAGUUUUACCGUCACUCAGGAGGGCACCUCAAGUGUACUGCAAUGGCAGAAGUGGAAAUUUAGGGUAGGGUUCAACCAACGCGAAGGCAUGGUGCUUUACGAUGUGCGAUACGAUAACCGUAGCUUGUUCUAUCGACUAAGCUUGAGCGACAUGAACAUUCCUUACGCAGACCCCCGGCACCCAUACCACAAGAAAUCAGCUUUUGAUCUUGGAGAUGCUGGGGCUGGCAUCAUGGCUAACAACCUCAAGCUAGGGUGCGACUGCUUGGGUUCCAUCUACUACCUUGACGCUGUACUCUCGGACGACAAAGGUGGUGUGAUUCCGAUGGAGAAUUGCGUCUGCAUCCAUGAGCAAGACGGUGGUAUUGGAUGGAAGCACACCAACUACCGCACUGGCCGAGCAGCUGUGGCUCGCUCGCGCGAACUUGUGUUGCAGUCGAUCAUCACGGUUUCAAACUACGAGUACAUUCUGGCCUUCAUCUUUAAUCAAGCUGGAGAAGUCGACUAUGAAAUCCGCGCAACGGGUAUCUUGAGUACACAGCCCAUCGACGAAGGUGUGGAGGUACCGUUCGGCACAGUUGUGCAUCCUGGUGUUCUUGCUGUUCAUCACCAACAUAUCUUCUCACUGAGAGUGGAUCCAUUCCUGGAGGGUCAGCACAACCGGCUCGUCUACGAUGAAGCAUUUCCCAUGCCACGAUCCGACUUCAACCCUCAUGGUACAGGUUACUACGUCCAGGAGACAGUCGUCGAGCAAUCAGGCGGCUACGACAUCGACUACGACAAUAACCGCACGUUCAAGAUCCAGAACGUUGACAAACGCAACCCUAUCAACGGCAAGCCUGUAGCGUAUAAGAUUCAAGCGCCUGCUUUCCAGAAGAUUCUGUCGGACAAGGACAGCUUCAAUUACAAGCGUGCGGAGUUCUCAGAUCAUAACAUCUACGUUGUCAAGUACCGAGACGACGAACUAUAUGCGGGCGGAAAAUACACCAACCAGAGCAGAGGAGGCACUGGUGUCAGGUCAUGGGCCGACCGCAAAGAGAACGUGAAAGAUGACGACUUCGUCCUCUACAUUCAGGCAGGUAUCAACCACGUACCAAGAAUUGAAGACUUCCCUGUGAUGCCAUGCGAGAUCUUGAAGAUCCAUAUGAAGCCUGUAAACUUUUUCGACAAGAAUCCGGCACUAGACGUACCGCCGAGUGAGCAGAGCUUCAACAAGAGUACCCUGGUGAGUGAGCAGCACCACCAGCCUACAGUAGAGGCUGUUGUUGGGCAAGGAGGCGCAUGCUGCGGACCAAAGCUGUAGGAAAUGUGUCGGACAACCCUUCGACAUGAGACUAGUCAACGAAAUGAAACAUUGUGACUUGG